AUGGGGGUCAACCUCUUUCAUGACCCAUGGCCCCAGUGUGUAACUUGUGUCGCAGAGAACAUUAUGUCUCGCGAUCUGAAAAUAUCUGCGGAGAUUUAUAUUGAAACCCUCCGCGGAUGGGUGGAGGAGAUAAAGGAGAACCCUAAUCCCCUAAAAUACCUCAUUAGGGAACACCUUAUUGGAAAUGAACGGAGAAGUGGUGGAACGUGCGGAACCACAUAUUGGAUCACUCCAGUGCGGCACGAAGCCGCUGACGCCGAGUCGGCUCCUAUGCCGCUAGCUAUGCCCUGCUUGGUCCCCCGGCACGGUGGAGCGUUGGCGGGUCCUGGAGUGCCUGUCAAGGGCGCUAGCGCAUACCCCGGGGUGAUCAUCACCACCUGCACCUCACAUCUCGGCACAGCGGAACGUGUAACCCGGCGGGUUCUUUGCGGGUUCUUUAAGCUCAGCGGGUUCUUUGCAUUUGUAUCGGUCCGGGGUUUGCCUUUCCCGUCCUACUUAUUGUAUGCUGAUGACAUUCUGCUUUUCUGCGCGGCAUCUAUCUCUAAUGCCAAGGAGAUUCUUAAGAUCUUGAAAGACUAUGCUGAAAUUUUAGGCCAGUUCCAUAAUCCUGACAAGACAAGUCGAAGGUCUUCUUUGGCUCUCGACUCUCUCAUUGGAAUCUCAUUCAUCGUAUAUAAUAUUAUGAUAUGCCCGUACCCGCGUGGCGAAGAUGCUUCGACUAAGUGCUCCAAGCUCUGCCCCGCCAUAGCUCUUUCGGGAAAAGUUACUUGCGAGGUUGCCGAGGGAUCAAGGGAUGGCCUUGUCAUCAUCAUCUUUAACUGGAGAUAUGGACCGCGGAGCAUCUUCUCGACCUGGAGGAAGAUCCCGGAUUGGAGCAUAAGAUGGAGAUGCGGCAGACGCUCACAGAUCGCUUCCUAUAUUAGACUUCCAUUGCAAGUAAGAAUGAGUCGUCUUUCUCGAUUCCUGCUUUCAUUUGCCUGGAUCGUCUUUCUCCGCCGGCAUGGGCACAUACGGAUCGCCGCUACCUUCAAAUUGCUUACUCUAUCGCGGGUGAGGUUUCUCCCGGCCCAUUCUAAGAGUCCUACUGAACUCUCACCCUCCUCCUCAGGGUUCGAACUACCCGGAGCAUUCCCCGGCCCUUCUUCAAGGCUGGUGUCCCGUGUUCGAAUCAAUCGCUAA